AUGUGCGCACCUAGCAGCCCGAACCGCGAGCCCCGUCUCAUUCGCUCACCAUGCGCCAGUUCGUCAUCACAUGUCGCUCACCUACAAGAUACACUUAGCACCAGUUCAGCCGAAGCAGCUUUCGUCCCAGUGCCCCAUUCUGGACCCAGGCUGCGUCACAACGACAUGCCCACUUCUGGAUACAGCAGCAACCGCAGGCAACGGCGGGUAUAUAAGCUUCGGUGGCUUGCUUUGACGACGAAGCGACUCGCGGUACUCGUCUUCGCUAUGAAGGGUCUGCGUCUAAAGAACCGCUUCUCUCGUUGCGCCAAGGACCGUCCGCCAUCGCUCGGCCCCGUAGAUUUUGAGAUACGUGCACUUGGCGGGGGUACGACAAGCACCUUGCUCUUCCACGAGCUGCCUCCCAAAGGAGCAACAACUUAUCAGAACCGUAUAGCGGAGUUGCACGAGGAAAUCAGGUGCCUGAGCAACGAGGUGGCCUUCUACAAGGCUCUCACGGACGAGGCGCUGUCGCGGAUCCUGCCCGUUGUUCAAUUCCAUGCGCGCGACCUGCACGACGCCGUCCAGCGAUGCAAUGCAAAGCUCGACACUCUUUUACCCGAGAGAUACAAGGAGGAGCCGGUGGACAUUGGGGGCGUCGAGUCCAAGGCAUGCUAGCCACGCUGCAGAGCAUCAUCCAUUCAUCUAUCUCGUGGUG